AUGAAAGCCUAUCCUAUGUGGAGGGACUUGCGCUCACAAUGGGAUCCAGGUCGCACGACACCUGCUCGCCAUUAUAUCCCUCUUUCACGGAAUAAGCGCUUUGUGGGCCGGGAGGAAGUGCUCGAAGCGCUCCGUCAGCAACUAUUUGCAUCAGAUGGCGGGCAGAAAGUCUCCCUAGUGGGAUUAGGCGGUGUAGGGAAAACGCAGGUAGCGUUCCAAAUCGCAUACUGGACUAAAGAAAACAAGCCGGACUACUCCGUGUUCUGGGUGUCAGCUAUGAGUGGCGCGAGCUUUGAACAAGCGUGCACGGAGAUAUCAGAGCAGCUGGAGAUACGAAAGCGCUCAGAUAACGAGGAUGUUCGGCAAUCUCUCCGACAGUGGCUCGAGUCCGACGAAGGUGGAAAGUGGCUGCUCGUGGUGGACAAUGCGGAUGACAUGGACAUCUUGUUUGGCUCUUCCGAGAACGACGGAAUUUUUCAGUACCUGCCAGAGAGCGACAGUGGCCUAAUCUUAUUUACAACUCGCUUCAGGAGAGUUGCCGCGGAAGUUGGAGGCGAAAUGGUCAACUUGGCAGAGAUGAGUGCGCCAGAGGCGAUACGUCUACUGGGGAAUUGCUUAUUUCGAAAAGACCUCCUUGGUGACGAGAAGGGACUAGCGGACUUGCUCCAGGAGCUGACCUAUCUUCCACUGGCGAUUACGCAGGCGGCAGCGUACAUCAACACGACCGGAGUAUCUAUCAGUAAAUACGUGGAACUACUUCGCAAAACCGAUCAGGACGCGGUUGAACUGAUGAGUCGAGAGUUCCGCGAUUCCACUCGGUUCGAAGGGUCGCGACAUGCAGUGGCCACCACUUGGCUGGUAUCGUUCUACCACAUCCGACAAUCCUACCCCGACGCCGCCGACCUGUUGACGUUCCUUUCGUGCAUUGAACCGAAGGCCAUCCCACGCUCCAUUCUGCCUCUCUUUUCGUCAGAAGAAGCAAUGUUGUUUGCCCUCGGGACGUUGGAUGCAUACGCUUUCCUGGUCCGGCGCGGAGAUGUAGACACAUUCGACAUGCACAGGCUUGUGCACUUAGCUGCACGGAUUUGGGUUCGAAAAGAGGCGUUCGCGGCUGAGGUGGAAAAAAGUGCGCUUCUGCAUGUGACCAGUGUGUUCCCAUGGAAUGAGUGGAGCCAGCCAGAUCGAUGGCGAGCAUACCUGCCUCACGCAAUUCGUCUCCUCUGGCGGGCCCAGACUGCCAGCCCCGAAGUGAGAUCUGAGCUGUGCCUGAAGGUAGGACUAUGUUUGUUUGAUGAUGGGAGGAUCAAGGAGGCGAUCCGAUAUUUCGAAGAGUGCUAUAAUUUACGAAGCGAGUAUCUUGACCAGGAUCAUCGCGAUCGACUAAUGUCGCAGAACGGCCUGGCAAUAGCAUAUCUGGCAAAUAACCAGGUAAAGGAGGCAGUGGCACUAUUGGAGGAGGUAGUAAGGAUUCAGAUCCAUAAACAUAAGCUGCCAGAGGAUCAUCCUGAGCGACUACUGGCGCAGCAAAAUUUGGCAAUGGCAUAUCAGGGGAAUGGGCAGGUAAAGGAGGCAGUCACACUACUGGAGGAGGUAGUUCGCACUCGCGAGCAGACGCUAGCGGAGGAUCCUCCUGAUCGACUAGCGUCGCAGCACCAGCUAGCAGUCGCAUAUCAAGAGAAUGGACAGGUAAAGGAGGCAGUGGCACUCCUAGAGGAGGUAGUGCGAAUUAGCGAGCAGACGCUAGAGGAGGAUCAUCCUGAUCGACUAGCGUCGCAGCACAAUCUGGCCUAUAUCUACUGGGAUCUCGGCCAGAAUCCUCUGGCGCUGAGGAUGAUGAGGCAUGUUGUGAAGAUCCGUCAACGAAUGCUUGACCCCGACCACCCUGCACGCGUGGCCUCUGAGAAAGAGCUAGGAAAGAUGGAGAAGAGCCUGCCUAGUGUUUAG